GACGCGGACACUUCCGCCGACGACUUGCCCAUCGAGUGCCAAGCGCCCGAGGUCCCAGAGUUGCCCGAGGAGCCGCCCGAGGUGCCGCACGAGGUGCCCGCCGAGGUGCCAGCGCCGCCGGGCAAGCGCGGCGGCAGGGGGCGGCCAGCGGCGCGGCGCCGCCAGAGGCCGACGGCGGCAGCGGCGAUCGCCGCCGCGGCCUCGGCCAGGCUCAGAGCGAAGCAGACCCCAGCCGACGCGCAACUGAGCAGGGUAGCGGCGGCGCUGUCUCAGUUGCGAUGGCAUUCAUCGAAGGGCAGGAGCCAGCUGGAAGUGGCGCCCGAGGGCAGCAGGCAGGCGAACGAUGCUGGCGACCUCGUCUCCGUCCCGUCGGCGAGCUUGUCGGACGACUCGCCCGCCGAGGCCGCGCCCGCCGGGAGGGACAGCCUCCCGCCGCCGAACAGCAAGGAGGUACGCGACUUCCGCCAGGCAGUGCAGGAGGGCGGGGACAUCGUGGCGCUGAUCGCCUCGAGCUCCCCAGGGAUCUCAGGCCGCUUCGUGGUGUUCACCGCGCCGCACAGGCUUGGCCUCGAGGACCUCGUGCACGGCGAGCUGCGGCGCCGCCUGGCCGAGCUCUCCGAGGUCGUUGGGGACGAGGCCUCGGAGCACUUGUGGGCCCACGACGAGCCAGACGGGGCGGAGAGCAUGCCCUGCGCCACAGGCUCGCGCCGGAUGUCGGCGCAGCCAGUCAGUUGGCGGGACCGGGCGGCCGAACGGCGCCAGCGCCUCCGCCGACAGGCGCAAGCCGCGAGGAAGCGCCACUCGAUCGACAACGUGGGACGCAUGGGGACGAACCAGACCGAGCUGAAGAUCCAGGCGCCGAUCGCGCAGCAGGUCUCGGAGGAGUCCAAGACCUUCUCGGUGUUCACCAAGAUGCAGAAGUCGGCCAACGUGCAGCAAGACGACCUCACAAAGGCGCUGGACCUACUCGGCUUCAACAACGUGAACCCAAAUCGUGUGGACCAGGUAAGAAGUGGAAUCACACACUUACCCGACCUCAGGGCGGAGGAGUUCGGGGCCUUCGUGCAGGGCUUCCGCGAGCUGCAGCGGAACGAGUAUGCGGAGGAGUUCAAUCGGUUCGACGUCGACAACAGCGGCUCGGUGAAUGCCAACGAGAUCAUAUUAAUCCUCAGGCACCUCGGACACGACACCAUGAUGCACGUGCUCCAGGAAUUGAUCGCAGAGGUUGACAAGAGCGGCGCGGGCGAGCUGGACCUGAUCCAGUUUGAGACAAUGGUCGAACUGCUCAGGUCCCGCGAGGGCUUCUGCAAGUCCGAGCACGACCGCUUCCUGUACGCAUUCCACACGUUCGACAAG